AUCAACCUAAGUAAUAGAUGUUUCUGAUCGUACACCAAUCUAAUCCAAUCCAAUCACAUCAACACUUUUCUUUUCUCUCUUCAAAAGUGCUCAAUUAGUCUUCCAAUUAGUUUUAUAAAAUAAAAAACCCAAAAAAACAUCGCCGGAAUACUCGCCGUGAAACCAAAGACUUCGGUCAACUUUCCGUUGAAUCCAGUUUACUUCAAACUAUAAAUACACAAGUACUUCUCUCUAAACUAAAUCAUCUUCCCAGAAAAACACAACAAAAAUAUCAUUUCUUCAACUCAGUCAGACUUUCUCACUUUCCAUCAUCUUCAUUUUCUCUCUCCUCUAAAACCCUAAUUCCCAAAUUCCUCCCAAAUCAUCUUCUGAUUUCUCGGUUAAUCAAUCAAUUGAUUGAUCAAAUUCGUCGGAAAAAUGGGAGAUCAACUGGAAAGAUUAGGAUCAGAGGGAGUUUCAGCUGGUUUAGAAUCGACAAUUAAAAGUGAACUUUGCAUGGAAAUUGAUCCUCCGAUUAGUGAAAAUACUGCAACUGCUGAAGAUUGGAGGAAAGCACUCAACAACGUUGUACCUGCUGUUGUUGUUCUUCGUACUACUGCUUGUCGCGCUUUCGACACUGAAUCUGCUAGUGCUGGUUAUGCUACUGGUUUCGUCGUCGAUAAACGUCGCGGAAUUAUUCUUACUAAUCGUCAUGUUGUCAAACCAGGGCCAGUGGUGGCGGAAGCAACUUUUUUGAAUCGAGAAGAGAUUCCUGUUUUUCCAGUAUAUAGAGAUCCGGUGCAUGAUUUUGGAUUUUUUAGGUAUGAUCCACAACAGAUCCGUUUUUUGAGCUACGAAGAGAUACCUCUUGCCCCCGAGGCUGCUUCUGUUGGGCUUGAAAUCAGGGUUGUCGGUAAUGAUAGUGGAGAGAAGGUGUCUAUUUUGGCUGGUACUCUUGCACGUCUUGAUAGAGAUGCUCCUCACUACAAAAAGGAUGGCUACAAUGACUUUAACACAUUUUACAUGCAAGCGGCUUCAGGUACUAAGGGUGGUUCUAGUGGUUCCCCUGUUAUAGAUUGGCAAGGAAGGGCCGUUGCAUUGAAUGCUGGGAGCAAGUCAUCAAGUGCAUCAGCAUUUUUCUUGCCCUUGGAACGAGUUGUUAGAGCUCUAGGAUACCUUCAGAAUGGCAGAGACAUGUCUGCAGAUAAAUGGCCUGCUGUUACCAUUCCCCGUGGUACGCUUCAGAUGACAUUUGUUCACAAAGGUUUUGACGAAACAUUUCGACUUGGUCUUCAAAGGGAUACAGAACUGAUGGUGCGGAAUGCAUCUCCCUCUGGGGAAACUGGAAUGCUAGUUGUUGAUUCAGUGGUUCCAGGUGGACCAGCUUAUAAGCAUUUGGAAACUGGUGAUGUUCUUGUUCGUAUUAAUGGUGAAGUUAUGACUCAGUUCCUCAGACUGGAGACUUUGUUAGAUGAUAGUGUAAGCCAGAAUAUCAAAUUGGAGAUAGAAAGAGGCGGGACUCCAAUGACAGUAGACUUGAUGGUUCAAGAUUUGCACUCUAUUACCCCAGACAACUUUCUUGAAGUCAGUGGUGGUGUGAUUCAUUCUCUGUCCUACCAGCAGGCUCGAAAUUUCCGGUUCACCUGUGGUCUUGUUUAUGUUGCAGAGCCUGGAUACAUGUUGUUUAGAGCUGGCGUACCUCGCCAUGCCAUCAUAAAAAAGUUUGCUGGGCAGGAGAUAUCUUGUCUUGAGGAACUGAUAUCAGUCCUUUCUAAGUUAUCUAGGGGUAUGCGUGUUCCACUGGAAUAUAUAACAUAUGUCGAUCGGCAUCGAAGGAAGUCUGUCUUGGUUACUGUUGACCGGCAUGAAUGGUAUGCCUUUCCUCGAAGAUAUAUACGUGAUGAUAGUACUGGUUUAUGGAUAGUGAAGCCUGCCCUACCGUCAGAGUCUCCACUGCUAUCAUCUGGUAUCAAUCAAGUCAAUGGUGGCGCUAGCAAUGAAGCAGUGACAUCAGAUAUCAGAGGGGUUUGUGUAAUGGACUAUACACAUCAAGAUAAUCACCAAAAGCUGGCUGACGGUACUGCUAUCAUGGAGACUAAUAGCGAUCAUACCUCUGAAGAUGCUAACUCUCGGGAUGAAUCUGAUGCUGGAAGCAAGAAGCGAAAGGUGGAAGAAUGCUCAUCUGCUGAUGGUAUUGCUAAUACUGAUAAUUUGUUGUGUGAACCUAGAGAAGAAAACUUGGGGGACUCGGGAAUUUCUGAAAAUUCUAUCCUAAGGGAUCACCAAGGUGCAACAGCGGCUGUAUCCAAUGCUUCGGUUGCUGAACGUGUUAUAGAGCCAACCCUUGUUAUGUUUGAGGUUCAUGUGCCACCAUCAUGUAUGCUUGAUGGUGUACAUUCCCAACAUUUCUUUGGGACUGGCGUUAUUAUCCAUCAUUCACAGAACAUGGGAUUGGUUGUGGUUGACAAGAACACGAUUGCAAUAUCUGCAUCUGAUAUCAUGCUAUCAUUUGCCGCAUUUCCUAUUGAAAUUCCGGGGGAGGUAGUUUUUCUACACCCUGUACACAAUUAUGCUCUUGUUGCAUAUGAUCCUUCUGCUCUUGGUGCUGCUGGUGCAGCAGUAGUUCGUGCUGCUGAGCUACUUCCAGAACCUGCAUUACGACGAGGUGAUUCUGUAUACCUUGUUGGGUUGAGCAGAAGUCUUCAGGCUACCUCACGUAAAUCCAUUGUCACCAAUCCAUGUGCUGCAUUAAAUAUCGGAUCAGCAGACUGUCCACGUUAUCGAGCCAUGAAUAUGGAGGUUGUUGAGCUUGACACAGAUUUUGGCAGUACAUUCUCUGGUGUCUUGACUGAUGAACAGGGUAGGGUUCAAGCAAUAUGGGGGAGCUUUUCAACUCAGUUGAAAUAUGGAGGCAGCUCAUCAGAAGAUCAUCAAUUUGUCAGAGGUAUACCAAUUUAUACCAUCAGUCAAGUCCUUGACAAAAUUUUGUCUGGUGCAAAUGGUCCACCUCUUCUUAUUAAUGGCAUUAAAAGGCCCAUGGCACUUGUCAGAAUACUGGAGGUGGAACUCUACCCUACCUUACUAUCAAAGGCAAGAAGUUUUGGCCUGAGCGAUAAUUGGAUCCAAGCUCUUGUUAAGAAAGACCCUUUGAGGCGCCAAGUGUUGCGUGUCAAAGGUUGUUUGGCUGGAUCAAGAGCUGAGAAUAUUUUGGAACAAGGUGACAUGGUUUUGGCAAUCAAUAAAGAGCCUGUGACUUGCUUUCGUGACAUAGAAAAUGCUUGCCAAGAUUUAGACAAGUAUGAUAAGAGUAAUGAGACGCUCCAGCUGACCAUCUUUCGCCAGGGGCGUGAAUUGGAAGUAGUAGUAGGAACUGAUAUUAGAGAUGGUAUCGGUACAGUUCGUGUUGUAAACUGGUGUGGGUGCAUAGUUCAGGAUCCUCAUCCAGCAGUACGGGCCCUUGGGUUUCUUCCUGAAGAAGGCCAUGGUGUUUUUGUAGCAAGGUGGUGUCAUGGAAGUCCAGCGCAUAGAUAUGGUUUGUAUGCUCUUCAAUGGAUAGUGGAAGUGAAUGGAAAACCUACCCCUGAUCUGGAUGCUUUUGUUAGUGUGACGAAGGAACUAGUGCAUGGAGAUUAUGCGCGUGUGAAGACAGUCCAUUUGAAUGGGAAGCCCCGGGUGUUAACAUUGAAGCAAGAUUUGCAUUACUGGCCAACUUGGGAGCUAAGGUUUGAUUCAAACACCGCACUGUGGUAUAGAAAUACAAUCAAGGCAUUGGAUACCGCUGUGGCAUGAGUGGUUCCAUCUUCUGGCAAGUUCCUUCGGUAAGUGACUUCCAAAAUUUGUGAAAAUUACCUGGCCCUUUGAUGGUACAUACCUCAUUGAACAUUGUUUUCGGAGCUGCUUCAAUAUGGUCGCUCUGCAGUGAAGAGUUCUGAGAUUGGUCAUGCAGUUUGGAUUCUAUUAUGGAUGAGGGGCUGUUUUUAAUUUUUAUUUUUUAAAGAGGGAUAAGGGGAGCUUUUUAAGAUUAUUCAUGAUCUUGCAUGUUUUGAAAGCUGGUUGAUUCAUGUAGAAGGGAUAGGAAUUUCCUAGAUGUCAUACUUUUUUAUGUGAGGGGGCCUAUGUCAAUAUCAUGGUUUUUCGUCGAAGGGGAUGUAGCUAAGUAUAUGUAGGGAUCGCUACUGGUAUGUACUUGUGCUGAAAGAACUCUAUUGAAAUUUGAAACUCACCCUGAAAGACUUCUUUGGUUAUGUUAGUGUCGUCUUCUCUCUUUUGCUUCAUACUUGUAUUAUACUCUGUACUGUACAGUAUGUUUCUUAAUCAAUUUUGCUGUAAUUUCCUCUUUUGCUUUUA